CAGAAAACUGCAUUGACAACCCUUCACAAUUAAAGAAAUCUGUAAAAGGCGUGGGUGUCUACUUUAUCGAUAGAACCUGUUUUUUUGUUAUACUUCAAAAUGUCUGCCGUGGUUUUGACGUGUGGGACGUGUUUUUAAUUAAUUGCAUUUUGGGCGUAAUUUGGGUCACCCUACGUAAAAUUAACAGUGAAUUCGGUGAUUAGUUGCGAUUACCUGAACGUUUAUCUAAUCGCGAUCUACCGAAGGAAACCACAUCAGUUCUUCUGCUGGGAGUGACCAGAAUACCGACCUCUCCGUUGCCCCCGCGCCGCCCCUGCUCCCUGCCCCUCGGCCAGCAAGCCCUCCCGAUCCGAACCCCUUCGACGCGCGGACGCCUCUUGCGACGCGACUCGUCGCCGAAGAGGGACCAAAGCCGGCGGAAAAAUGAUAAGGCGGUCGGUGCGUCGUCUUGCGCUCCGUCACCUGCGCACUCUUUGACUCCUCCUUCGGCCGCGUCUUCGAAGGUCAUGGAGCGUUCCGUGGACUCCAUCGGGACGUGUUCCUUGGACGUGGAGGCCUCGGCAGUCGUGUCAGAUUGGUCUGAUCUCUCGUCCGCAGGCACGCUGCGCAGCGCAAGCAUAACCCCAAUAGCCCCCGACUCGCACCACCUGCCCUCCUACUUGAGCUUGGCCUGCACCGUCAACGGAUAUUCCACGACGACGAACUACGAUUCCGUGCGAUUGGCUCGUUCGAGAGAUGCCUCGCCGCACCGCAUCGACCAUUUGACGAAAAAAACCGACCAACCCAACAGCACCCAUUCGGUGCGGAAUAACCUGCUGUCGCCCCCAAAUUUAGUGCCCCUGCCUCCAAGAACCAUCGAGACCAUGACGGAAAACACGCUGGCUCAGCGCCACCACCAGGACUUUUUCCGCAAAAGCGAGUCCCGAUUUUCCUCGUCGCUAUUUUCCAACGACACCAUAGACGCCUGUAUAGAAAACGGCCACUCGACCUACCAAAGCAAAUGCGUUUCCUUCGAAAGCAAAACCGUCACCACCAUCAACGGACAAUCGAAAACCACAUCGGAAUCCACAGUGAGAAAGGAAUUUAGCAACGGAAAAUCGUUUAUCCAGCAAAGGGUGGAACGUUUGUAUGGUCCUGGAGCUCUAGCUCAAGGUUUUUUCGUUAGCAAACGCAAUAAAAAUCGUUUGUCUGAAUCGGAAUCGGACAAAGAUAAGGAAAAUGAUCAUCCGGAAAAAAAUAAACACAAUAAAUCCAUGCAAGAUGCUCUUCUUUUGGAUUCGCAAGGAGAAAUUUCGCCGAUGAAACAGAGCACUAGCAGUCCGACGUUGCCGGUGAUGCGCCACUUGCGGCCCGAGUUUCGCGCGCAGUUGCCGAUGUUCAGCCCGCGCAAGGAGCAACAAGCGGCAACGUCGCUGGCGCAGUUGCCGGCGAUGCCGAAAAGCGUCACGGUGCCUAAAUUGAAGGACGACGACGCCGCCCCUGGAAAAUUUACUAACGGCAACAGCGCGGACGCCGUCACCAACGGUGAAGUCUCCUUGGCGGCCAUCUUGAAGCCGGAAGUCCGAGUCGAAGUCGAAGAAAUUGCGAGAGGUGUAAAAGAUGGUCAUUAUUUCCUGAUCAUACUGGAGGAGCAAAACAAGAGACUGCUAGGGCUGGCGGAAAAGACUGAAAAAGAACUGGAAAACCCGAAGUUGACCGAGGAAGUCGUCGGGAAAAUUCGAUCGGCCGCCGGAAAAGCUAAACUCUUGGUUUCCCAGAAAAUGCAACAAUUCAAAGGGCUGUGUACUAACAAUAUUAACCAGGUUGCAGGUGAAGCCUAUCCAACAACAAAUGAAGAUUUACAAGGUUUUUGGGACAUGGUUAUGCUGCAAGUUAACCAGGUUGAUGCCUUAUUUGAAGAGAUUAGUGCUUUAAAGAAAAAUGACUGGAAAGAGGUCAAACCUACAAAGUCUCCAAUGAACGGUUCCAGUAGCGGCAAAAGUGCGCGCAAAGGGCCGAUCCGAGUCCGACAGGCUCCUAGCGUGAACGAAGAGGCCCGAAAGCAGCGCGAAGCCGAGCGAAAGAAAAUGAUCGAGGAGCGAAGGAAAGCGAUGAAAUCUCAAAACCAGAACCACACCCAAAACAUUGAAAUUUUCGUGCCUGAAUCCAGCUGAAAUUCGCUACGCAAUCGUUUUAUUGUUUUACUAGGGAAACAUUACGUCUAUUUUUUAUUUAUACAAAACUCUCUAUCUAAUGCUAAUAAUAAUAAUAAUAAAUUCAUACUAUACACAGUGUAACAUUUUUAUUAAUUGUAGGUUUUUUAUAUUAUGCUAUGUUUUACGUUAUUAAAUUUGAUGCUGUCUAUUAUUUAUUUACAAGUGAAUUAUUGCUGAAUGUUUAUUUAUUAUAUACAGGGUGAUCAAUGCAAUUUUUGGAUUGACAAAAUGUUAAUAAUAUGAUAAAAUAAAAUUUUA